AUGGGGCUGCCGCGGCGGACCAGCUCGCGUCGAACCUCGGCGCGGACGCGUGCGCCCGGCGCCUCGCGGACGACCCGGAUCUCCUCGCGGAGCUCGUGCGCGCGUGCCGCCAGGACGGCGCUCCGAGCCGCCCUCCCGGCGCUGGCCGCCGCGGCAAGCCCGGCCCCGAACAUCCUCUUCCUCGUCGCCGACGACCUCGGGUUCAACGACGUGGGCUUCCACGGCUCCAAGCAGAUCCCGACGCCCCGCCUCGACGCCCUCGCGGCCGACGGCGUCGAUCUCCUGAACUACCACACGCAUCCCGUCUGUUCGCCGAGCCGCGCGUCCAUGCUCAGCGGGCGCCACGCGAUCCACCACGGCAUCUACAUGCCCUUCGCCCAGGGCACGGCCUACCACCUAAGCCUCGAGUACGAGCUCCUCCCCGAAGCGCUCCGGCGGCUCGGCUACGAAACGCACGCCGUCGGCAAGUGGCACCUGGGCCAGAACACGCGCGCGGCGCUGCCCACGGGCCGUGGCUUCGAUUCCUUCUUGGGCUACUGGUCCGGCGCCGAGGACUAUUUCGCUCACGACUGCGCGGGCGCCUACGACUUCGCGAACAACGAAACGACGGCGUGGGCCUACGACGGCGUCUACUCCGCCUACAGCUUCACGGACCGCGCCGUCGACGUCGUGGCAUCAGCGUCGACGCCCUACUUUUUGUACGUGGCCUGGCAGAACGUGCACUGGCCGCUCGAAGUUCCCGCGCGCUACCUCGAACCCUUCGGCCACGUCCCCGCGGGGCCGCGGCGGAACGUGAGCGGCAUGGUGAGCGCCCUGGACGAGGCCGUCGGCAACGUGACGGGCGCGCUCAAGGCGAGGCGCGCCUACGACGACGCGGUCGUCGUCUUCGUCUCGGACAACGGCGGCCCGACGAACGGCGACGAGGGCACCGCGUCGAACAACUGGCCCCUCCGGGGGGGCAAGAACACGCUCUACGAGGGCGGCACGCGCGUCGUCGGCCUGCUCAAGGCGCCGGGCGUCGCGAAGUCGUCCGCGUCCCGCGCGAAGCUCCACGCCGUCGACUGGUUCCCGACGCUCUACCGCUUCGCGGGCGGCGGGCCGCUCGUUUUGAACCCGCCGCUCGCGCCCGGCGACGGCGUCGACUCCUACGACGUCCUCGCGCGCGGCGCGCCGGGCCGGGACGAGCUCCUGCUCGAGGCGCACGCGCCGGGCAGCAACGACACGGUCCACGGCGAGGCCCUGAUCGUCGGCGACUGGAAGUUUUUGCGCAUCGGGACCGUGCGGCCCGACUCCGAGGCCGGCUGGACGCGGCCGCCGGGCCAGGAGGCGCACCCCCGCUCCGUCGUCGACUGCGGCGCGGCGCCGGAGCCCGCGGACGCGAACGCGACGCGGCGCCAGUGCGUCGCGGCGCCGUGCCUCUUCGACGUCGCGGCGGACCCGUGCGAGCGUGUCGACCGGGCAGUUGAGUUCCCCGACGUCCUCGCGGCCCUCGACGCGCGGCUCGACGCCUACCGCGCGACGGCCGUCCCGCCCGUCGCGGCCCUCGGCUGCGCCCCCGUCGUCGUCGACGGCGCCUGGCGCCCCUGCGACGACGUAACUUAG